AUGGAUGUGGGUCUGUCGCAAAUGCAGAGGAGGUCGGUUGAUCACUGGAACUCCGUGUUCAAAGAGGGGAUUCUGGACUCUCAGUACUUGGAGCUUCAGGAGCUGCAAGACGAGAGCAACCCCGAAUUUGUAGUGGAAACGGUGUCUCUUUUCUUCACUAAUUCUGAGAAGCUGCUCGAUGAUCUCUCCAGUGAUCUAGCUCAGCAAAACGUGGACUUCAAAAGGGUGGAUGCUCAUGUUCACCAAUUGAAGGGCAGCAGUUCCAGUAUAGGAGCAUCGAGAGUUAAGAAUGCCUGCAUAGCGUUCCGAGACUUCUGUCGGGCGAAAAACAUUCCUGAGUGCCUGCGAUGUCUGCAACAACUGAAACAAGAAUUCCUCCUUGUGAAAAGCAAGCUCGAAACUCUUUUCGACGUGGGUAUAGAUAAAUUCUUCUUAAUGACUUUUUUUCAACUACUACAUAGACUGGUAAUUUUUCAAUCUACUUCUAUGAAUCAUUCUGACAUUCGUUGGCUUGUUUCGAACUUGAAUUGCAGCUGGAGAAACAAGUUGUGGCUGCUGGUGGGUCAAUCCCCAAGAUGCAACCAAGCGAGUGAUCGUAAUAGUGGGCAUGUUUUGAGGAAGAAGAAGCAUAUAGAAGCUACUAUAAUACUUCUUAGGCUCCGCAUGUGCAAUGUUAGCAACUAUGAAAUUGCUGGUACUUAA